CUUCAUAAAAUCAGGUAAAAAUAAAAUUAUUGAUUAACUAAACCAUGUGAAGGAUGACAGAUGUGCAAAUAUUUAAGCUAGUAAACUGCAUUUAUGACGGCUGCAAAUGAAAUGACAGAGUGGGAGAAGGAGGGAUCCAGCUGAGAUGAUCUGAACGCUGAAGGCUGAGAGGGCAAAAGCAGAAGUUCUUUCCAAUCACUGUAUUUUGUUAAAAAGUAAAAAAAAAAAAAAAUGUGGAGGCAGGUUCUUGUAGCUUUAUGUCUGUCACUGUGGAUCUGUUCCUCUGACCUGACCUUGGCUGAGGAUCCAUACUUGAUCAGGGCUUACCAGCUGAUGUCUGAGACCCCACUCAUCGACGGCCAUAACGAUCUGCCUUGGCAACUUCGAAUGCAGUUCAACAAUCAGCUCAACAAAGUUAAUCUUGACACACUGGAAACAACACACACCAACAUUCCUAAGAUUAAAGAGGGGCGGCUCGGUGCACAGUUCUGGGCGGCAUAUGUUCCCUGUGAAACUCAGUACAAAGAUGCGGUCAGACAAACGCUGGAGCAGAUAGAUGUGGUUCACAGGAUGUGUGAGAAGUAUCCAGACACCUUCAAGUUCGUCACCACGAGCCAAGGCAUCAUGGACGCCUUCAAGGAAAAUAAAACAGCCAGCCUGAUUGGGGUGGAGGGAGGCCACUCCAUUGAUAGCAGCCUGGGUACCCUGCGCACCAUGUACCAGCUGGGGGUCCGCUACCUCACCCUGACACACUCCUGCAACACACCCUGGGCAGAUAACUGGCGUGUGGAUGAUGGAUCAGACCCGGUUCAGAGCGGCGGCCUGUCACCUUUUGGAAAGCAACUGAUAGUUGAGAUGAACCGUCUGGGGAUGCUGAUCGACCUCGCUCACGUGCCGGUGUCUGUGAUGAAACAGACCCUCUCCCUGUCUGUUGCCCCGGUCAUCUUCAGUCACUCCUCUGCAUACGCGGUGUGCCGGCACAGCCGGAACGUUCCGGACGAGGUUCUUCUCAAAGUGAAAGAGAAGAAAGGAAUCGUGAUGGUGAACUUCUACAAUGAUUACGUGACCUGCAGCCAGAAAGCCAAUAUCUCAGACGUUGCCGAUCACUUUGACCACAUUAAAAAAGUGGGAGGAGCUGAGAUUAUUGGCUUUGGUGGAGAUUAUGAUGGAGUCCCCAGAACACCAGAGGGUCUGGAGGAUGUGUCCAAAGUGCCAAAUCUGGUGGCUGAGCUGCUGAGGAGAGGCUGGACUGACGAGGAAGUCAAAGCUGCUCUUGGAAACAACCUGCUCCGGGUCAUGAGCGAGGUUGAGAGGGUCCGUGAUAACAUGACGAGCCGGGCGCCGGAUGACGUGCCCAUCCCGUAUUCUGAGGUGGAGAACCCCUGCAGGACGAGCUUCGGUUACACAGAUGCUGGAGCUGCUCAUUCAGUCAGCACAGCAGCCCUUCUGCUCCCACUGGCUCUGCACAUUUCCAUGUUUACCAAUUAACACGCUCAUCAGAGCUGAUUAGCCUGAGAUGUUCAAAUACAAAAAUCCUUGAACUUU